UUGCCAACCUUAGCACCACCAACAUGUACGCCAAGUUGAUCGUCGCUCUUUGCGCCUUGAGUGCUGCUCACGCUGGCGGUCUCUAUGGAGCCGCUCCUUUGGCGUACAGUAGCCACGCAUAUGCUGCGCCAGCCGUAGUCACCAAGACCAUCGCCCCUGCUGUCACUUCCUACUCUUCUUACUCCACCCAAACCGCUCACGCGGCUCCUGUGGCGACUUACGCCGCUGCACCAGUGGCUGCCUAUGCCGCUGCUCCCGUGGCUGCCUACGCCGCUGCUCCUGUGGCUGCGUACGCUGCGACUCCCUAUGUUGCUAAGAGUUAUGCCGCGCCUGCCGUCGCUGCCUACGCUGCUCCCGCUGUCGUGACCAAGACUAUCGCCCCUGCCGUGUCUUCUUAUUCGUCCUACUCCACUUCCACUUCUCACGGCUCUCCUGUCACCUACGCGGCUGCUCCUAUCGUGGCCAAGACCUACGCCGCACCUGCUGUCGCUGCCUAUUCUGCGCCUGCAGUCGCUGCGUACGCCGCGCCCGCUGUAGCCACCUACGCCGCUGCCCCCGUAAUUGCCAAGACCUACGCUGCCCCCGCCGUGACUUCCUACUCUUCUUACUCGACUCAAACUGCUCACGCAUCUCCCGUCGCGACUUACGCAGCUGCUGCUCCCUUGGUCGCUAACUACUCAGCUAAAACUGUUUCUGCUCCAUUAGUGAGCACUUACGCUGCUCCUACCUACGCCGCUCCUGCCGUGGCAUCCUACGCUGCCCCUGCCGUGGCAUCCUACGCUGCCCCUGCCGUGGCAUCCUACGCUACUCCCGCCGUGGCUACUUAUGCUGCCGCUCCUGCCGUACAAACAUACGCUGCUCCUGCCGUACACACAUACGCCGCUGCCCCAGUCGUCGCCAAGACUGUCGCUCCUGCGUACUCUUAUCAGUCUGUUCAGCGCUCCACUCCAGUGGCUUACGCUGCUCCAGUAGUCGCUAAGACCUACGCUGCACCCGCCGUGGCCACCUACAGUGCUCCUGUCGUCGCUAAGACCCUUGCUCCUGCUGUGUCUUACUCAUCGUACGCUCACGCCGCGCCUGUAGCUUACGCUGCGGCUCCUGCCGUGCAGACUUACGCCGCCGCCCCUAUAGCCACAUACUCUGCUGCCCCUGUUGCGGCUAAGACCUACGUCGCUCCUGUCGCGACUUACGCCGCCGCCCCUGUGGCCACUUACUCCGCUGCCCCUUCCUUGGUAAAAUCGGCCGUCACAUACUCCGCUCCCGCCGUCUCUCACGUCUCGUACUCCGGCCUGGGGGCUAGCUACGGCUGGUAAACCAAAGUUCCACAACCUUAUUUAUUGAAUAAUUGACAUCGGUACAAUG